GCCAGCGUGACGUAUAAUCUAGUGGACGGUUCUUCAGAAACAGCUCGUCAACCACCUCGGUAGCUUGCUAGCCAACAUAGCCGAUAGAUUCAAGCUAUUUAUACGCUUUCGGUCUAUAUUUGCUGCUGUGUUUUAGACACACUUCUGUCGUAUCUACUUGUUUACCUAUUUAAUUUAAUAUUACGUUAUUUUGUAUUAGUCAGAUAUAGCAGCUGGCUGGUUAAGUUAGUACUAGACUAGUCGCUAAUGAUAGAUAGCUAGCUAACAUCUCCGAACAUGAGCUCCCUAAACUACUCCCCUCCUGUUAAAGAAGAGGUCUGCUGGACGGAGAAAGAAGCUCUGGGGCUGAACAUUGUCGUGAAAGAGGAGACGGGAGAGGAGGAUGUCACAGUAAAACAAGAAGUUGGGGGUGAGGCUGUUACAGUGAAAGAAGAGAAAGACGUUUCAGUGAAAGAAAAGAAAGACUCGUUCAGAGUGAACGAGGAGGAGGAUGUCACAGUAAAAGAAGAGGAAGGGAAAGAGGAUGUAGUUUUUGUAGUGAAGAUGGAAGGGGAGAUUACUGUCACAUUGGAAGAUGAAGAUGAGGAGGAUGUUACAGUAAAAGAAGAGGAUGUUACAGUAAAAGAGGAUGUCGUUUUUGGAGUGAAGAAGGAAGGGGAGAUUACUGUCACAUUGAAAGAUGAGGUGGAGAUAGAUCUGAUUAACACCAGAGAGAAACCAGACUCUGACAGCGGGGAGAGUCCUUCAGGGGAACCAGACCCAGAGACGCCCAAACCAGCGAGACAACACCACUGCUCCCACUGUGUUAAGAGUUUUUGCUGGUCAGGGAACGUAAAACUGCAUGAAAGAACACACACAGGAGAAAAGCCUUUCCAAUGUUCCCAGUGUGGAAAGAGUUUUACCAUGUUAGCUAACCUGAAAAGGCAUGAGAGAAUACACACAGGAGAAAAGCCUUAUCACUGUUCCCACUGUGGAAUGAGUUUUACUCAGACAGGGCACCUAAAAGCUCAUGAGAGGAUACACACAGGAGAAAAGCCUUUCCAAUGUUCCCAGUGUGGAAAAAGUUUUACUAAGAAAGGGCAAUUAAAAGAGCAUGAGAGAAUACACAAAGGAGAAAAGCCAUUCCAAUGUUCCCAUUGUGGAAAGAGUUUUACUCUAAUAGGAAACCUAAAAAAGCAUGCGAGACUACACACCGGAGAAAUGCCUUUCCAAUGUUCCCAGUGUGAAAAGAGUUUUGCCGUGUUAGCUAACCUGAAAAGGCACGAGAGAAUACACACAGGAGAAAAGCCUUACCACUGUUCACACUGUGAAAAGAGGUUUAUUCAGUUAGGGGACCUAAAAGCUCAUGAGAGGAUACACACAGGAGAAAAGCCUUAUCACUGUUCCCACUGUGAAAAGAGUUUUAUUCAUUUAGGGUACCUAAAAGCUCAUGAGAGGACACACACAGGAGAAAAGCCUUUCCAAUGUUCCCAUUGUGAAAAGACUUUUACCAUUUUAGCUAACCUGAAAAGGCAUGAGAGAAUACACACUGGAGAAAAGCCUUAUCACUGUUCCCACUGUGGAAUGAGUUUUACUCAGACAGGGCACCUAAAAGCUCAUGAGAGGAUACACACAGGAGAAAAGCCAUUCCAUUGUUCCCAGUGUAGAAAGAGUUUUACUAAGAAAGGGCCGUUAAAAGAGCACGAGAGAAUACACACAGGAGAAAAGCCUUUCCAAUGCCCCCAGUGUGGAAAGAGUUUUCCCUGGUUAAGGAGCCUGAAGGAGCAUAAGAAGACACACACCAAAAAAGCCCUACCACUGCUCUCUCUCUGUGUGGAAGGACAUUUUCCCAGUCACAGAACCUGAAAUCACGUGAGACAAUAAAGGUGCUGUGUUCUGACUUUUUUUUUUUUGACUGAGAAUUUGUGUUUUUGUUUAUGCCGCAUGAAAUCAUAUUAUUUACGAUUAUACCUGUCUAUAUAAGGUCCUACAGUUGACAAUGCACAUCAGAGCAAACGCCAAGCAAUGAGGUCAAAGAAAUUGUCCGUAGAGCUCCAAGACAGGAUUGUGUUGAGGCACAGAUAUGGGGAAGGGUACCAAAAAAUAUAUGUAGCAUUGGAUGUCCCCAAGAACACAGUGGUCACCAUCAUUCUUUGAUUGAAGAAGUUUGGUACCACCAAGACUCGCACGGCCAAACUGAGCAAUUGGGGGAGAAGGGCCUUAGUCAGGGAGGUGACCAAGAACCCAAUGGUCACUCUGAUAGAGCUACAGAGUUCCUCUGUGGGGAUGGGAGAACCUUCCAGAAGGACAACCAUCUCUGUAGCACUCCACCAAUCAAGCCUUUAUGGUAGGGUGGCCAGACGGAAGCCACUCCUCAGUAAAAUGUACAUUACAGCCCGCUUGGAGUUUGCCAAAAAGACACCUAAAGACUCUCAGACCAUGAGAAACAAGAUUCCUUGGUCUGAUGAAACCAAUAUUGAACUCUUUGGCCUGAAUGCCAAGCAUCAUAUCACUGUAUUGUUACACCAUGUAGGCGCAGUAUAGACCUAGUCUGUUCAUUAUAUACAUCUACAUGAUGUAUUGUUACACCAUGUAGAACAGUAUAGACCUUGUCUGUUCAUUAUAUACAUCUAAAUGAUGUAUUGUUACACCAUGUAGGAGCAGUAUAGACCUAGUCUGUUCAAUAUAUACAUCUACAUGAUGUAUUGUUACACCAUGUAACAGCAGUAUGGAGGUUAAAAUUGAUGGACAAAUUGUUGACACCCUUGAUAAAGAUGAGCAACAAUGACUCUAUAAAAUAAAGAAUUAAAAUACUGAGCUAUAGUGUAUGUAAAAAAGAAAGGAAAUUAUAUUAUUUUAUAGCAAUACAAUUGCUCAGAGAAAGAUUUAGUUAACAUGUAAUUCUCAAAGGUAGGGGUCUGAAUUAUUGCCACCCAUGUUUUCAAUACUCCAGCACCUUCCCCUUGGGAGGAUAACGACACUCAAAUGUUUUAUGAGAUUAGAGAACACAUUGGGUGGGAUCUUAGACCAUUCUUCCAAACAGAAUCUCUCCAGGUCCUUGAUUUAUUUUGUCUGCGCUUAUGGACUACCCUGUUCAAUUCAAACCACAGGUUUUCAAUGGAGUUCAAGUCCGAAGACUGAGAUGGCCAUAGAAAGUGUUGAUUUUGUGCCCGAUUAACCAUUUCUUCGUGGAUGUUGAUGUGUCUUGCUAGAAUAUCAAUUUAUGGCCAAGUAUCAGCCUCCUAGCAGAGAGGUAACCAGGUUGUGGGCUAAAAUAUCCUGGUAGUGGAUGAAGUUGAUUUAUUUUAUACAUACAUUUUUGCUCAUCUUUAUCAAGGGUAUCAAUAAGUAGGUGCUUAUUUUGAUAUCUAGUUAUUUGACUGAAUCAGAAAUACAGAUGUGGAGUUGAUGUAGAGUCUGUUUUAAAUUCUCAUAAAACAUCUGAACUAAUCAAA